AACAUUUGCCCCAGCUUGGUGCCUCGCUGCGUGAACGCAGCUGCUGAAACGGGGUCUAAACCUUGUCCGCUUCAUAACACGCCACGACGGCCACUCUAGAGCGCCCGGCUUGCCCACCGUUGCCGCCCGCCGCUACCUAAGCGGCGUUGGCGGCGCGGUGGGAGGGUCGAGACGCGUUUGCCCGCGUUGUGCCUCGCGGGCCAUCGCCGACUGUGCUGCCCUCGCGCGCAACCAUGACGCAGCGGGUGUCUGCCUUGUUCUUUGACAAGGAUGCGCGUUAUCCGUGCGUGCUCGAUCCCUGCAAGCCUCUGGAAGAACCGGCUCUCAUAGCGGCUGUGACGGGCUCUGAGCUCAAAGUCUACUGCUACUGGGAGAGCAAAAAGGUAUCAACGUUGCUUGCCCUACACAUCAGCAGUGGAGGGCAAUCUCCGGACCUGCGGUUGCUGCCUUUUGAGCGGGCUCAAGACCCGAGCUCUUACAAUGACUUCGAGGCGGAGCACGCGGGCUGCUUGGAGGGUCGAAAGGCCAUCGUGGUCAAGCUCAGCGAGACCCGCGAGCUCUUGCUCGCCCCAGUCUUCUCUGUUAAAGGGAUCCUCAUGACCUACCUGAGUGUGCCCAACGCCCAAGCUCUGCCGUUCGCCACGUCUCAUGCAUACAUCUAUGACGGGACCAAGAUCCCCGUGUUCUGGGGUUACAUGCUGUACUUUGGUGUGGCGUCCGCGGUGUCGUCGAUGCUUGACAACAGCCGCAUGGCGGUGGUCCUGGAUCUGGAUGAGACGCUACUGGUGGCCAACUCGGGGUCCACGCUGGAGUCCAAGAUUGAGGUGGCCAAGAAGAACAGGCGGCUCAAGGCUGCGGAGCUGCGUGAGCUGCUGGCGGGCGGCGUCACUGCGGACAGCGAGGAGGCCGCGCGGCUUCGCGGCGCCGAGGCGGCGGCCGCCCGCGAGGAGGAGCUGCUGACCGGCGACCUGGAGCUGCUACGGCAGUUCGCGGCCAGCGGCAGCGUCACCUACAACGGCACUGUCUACAAGGCCAAGGGCGAGACGGUGACUCUGGAGGACGGCACUGUCGUCAAGCGGCCGGUCAUCCGACUGGAGACGCCGCACCCGGUGCUGCUGACGCGCAUCCGCCCGGAGGCGCGCGAGACGUCCAUGAUCCUGCGGCCGCGCCCCUACUGGGAGGAGCUGCGCGGCGUGCUGGCAGGCGACUCCGAGCUGGGGCCAGACGGGCGGCCCAAGCUGCGGUUUGACGUGUACGUGUGCACUGCGGCUGAGCGGCAGUACGCGCUGGAGGUGUGGCGGCUGCUGGACACCCGCGGCACCAUCAUCCCGCCCGAGCAGCGCCGCGGCCGCAUCAUCAACGUGUCGGGCGGCCGCAAGAAGCAGCUGCUCAAGUCGCUUGGCGUGGCUGAGCUGGCGGGCAGCCCGCGGUUGGAGUUCCCGGAGCUUAUGGACGACCUGCCGCCGGUGCCGCUGGCGGUGGUGCUGGACGACCGCCUGGACGUGUGGGAGGCCGCCUCGCAGAGCUGCGUGCUGCAGGUGGUGCCCUGGUACUGGUACCGCGACGAGGCGGCGCGGCUGGUGUCCGGCCCCAACACGCCCGCGGACCGCCUCGCGCUGGCGUCCGAGAACGAGAUCAAGCGCAUGCGCGACGCCAUCAUGACGCUGCGCGCCGAGCUGUUCUACGACAUCAACGAGCGGCUUAGGCACAUCGCGGAGCGCCUGGUCAGCUUGGGCGCGCCGGAGGCGGAGCAGCAGCGGGACUGCGGCGCGCUGCUGCCCGGGCUUAAGACCGUGGCUGGCGUGCUCACGGCCGCCACGCAGCGCGUGUACCAGAUGCCCACACUCGCCUCCAUCGCGGCCCAGUACCGCCUGGCCAGCGCCACGCCGCCACCCGAGCAGCCGCCGCUGCAGCAGCAACAGCAGCUGCCGCCAUCACAGCAGCAACAGCCGCAGCAGGAGCUCCCACAGGCCGCUGCGCAGGGCUUGAAUGGCCCCAGCGCCACGGCCCUCGGUGUGCCGCCGGCUGCACCGAUGGCGGCCGCGGGCGGCCCGCUAGGGCACAACCCGGGCGCACCAGCACCCGGCGACCCCGGUCCCGGGGGUGCAAUGGCUGGCCUGCCGCCGGGCAAUGGCGUUGCGCCGGGCCCGGGCGUGCCACCGCUGCAGGCAGCGGCUGGACAGCCGUCCGGCACGGCGUCUGUGCCUCCGCCUGUGUCUCUCAAGCCUAUCGACCCGCGAGCCAAGCGGGCCGCCCAGGCCGCAGCUGCGGCGGCCGGUCACAAUCAUCGGUCCGGCUCCGCGCCGCCGCGGAUACCCGGUGUCCCGGGUGCCCCCGGCGCCCCCGGCGCCCCAGCAGGGCUCCCUAACGGCGCUCCCGCGCUGCAGCAGCAGCUACACCCACCACCCCAGCAACAGCAGCAGCAGCAGCAGCAGCCGGGCAGUGACCUGGGCGCGGCGCCGCUGCAGCAGUUUGGGGCCAUGUACGCGCUGCCUGGCGCGCAGCCGCCGCAGCCGCCACCGGCGGAGCCGCCGCGGCGGCGCAACGUGCCUGGCGGCUUCGACUCCAGCAAGUGGAGCAUAGAGGCGCUGGAUGAGCCGCAGCAGCCGCAGCAGGUGCCGGAAGCGCAGCAGCCGUUGCGGCAGGAUGCGACAGCGGGUGUCGUGGCGGGUCAGGAACAGCAAGGGCUGGGGGGUCGGGACGGGCCUGCAGGGACGACGCCUUUGGCGCCGCAAGGGCCAGGCGGCGCUGCCCUGCCAGCUGCGCCCAGUGGUAAUGGCCCCGCCCCCCAGCCUUCGAGUGCCCCUGCGCCCGCGCCAACUCCCGCGCCUCCCACGGGGCCUCCACCAGCGCAGCCGCCUUCGACGUCUGGCCCUACCCCUGGCAACGGCGGUGGUGGCGGCGGCGUAAAGAGCGAUGGGCUGGUGCAGGCUCUUAUUAGCCAGAUCAGUACCUUCCCACCGGAUGUUCGUGCCCAGAUUGAAAUCGCGCUCAAUGAGGGGCCGGCCGGGGUGCAGAAACUGGUGGCGCUGUUUUCACAGCGCAGCCAGCAGCAGCAACAGCAGCAGCAGCAGCAGCAGGCCCAGCAGGCGCAGCAGGCCCAGCAGGCGCAGCAGGCCCAGCCUCAACCGGCGCCCAAGCCCCAGCCCCCGCCGGGGCCGCCACCGCCGGCGCAGCAGCUGCAACCUCCGCAGCAGGCUGACAAGGCCAGCACGCCGCCACAGCAGCCCGGCAUGCCCGGUCCGCCACCGGGUCCCCCGCCGGCGCGUGCUCCCACGCCACCACCUCAGGGCGGGCCGCCCGGCGAGGAGCAGCAGCCACCGCACAAGCGGGGGCGAUGGGAGCCGCAGGACCAGCAGCAGGGCCCGCCCCUGGGUCCGGGCCACGGUAUGCCAGGGCUGCCGGGGCCACAGCCGCCGGGGCCCGUGCUGCAGGGCCAGACGAUGCAGGUUGUGAUGCUGCCUGAUGGGCGGGUUGUGUUGCAGCCGGGGCCGCCCAUGCAGCCACUGAUGGGACCGGGGCCAGGGCAAGGGCCGGGGCCCGGAGGGCCGCCACCGCCCCGGCCGCCGCCUGGAGGGCCGUUCCAGGGUCAGUCGCAGCCGAUGCUGGGGCCGCCAGGCCCCGAGAGCGUGGGUCCGGGCAUGCAGGGGCAGCCGCCUCACCAACACCAGGGCUACAUGUCCGGGCCAGGGGGGCCGCUGGGGCCGCCGCCGGGCGACAUGCGCCCCAACGGGGGCAUGCCGCAGCAGGGGCAGCCGCCGCCCGGCAUGCCUCCACCUGGCCCACCAGGUAUGAUGGGGCCAAUGGGUGCACCCAUGGGCGGGCCGAUGGCUGGCGGGCCGCCGCCGCCUGGCCACCAGCAUUACCAAGGGAUGGGGCCGCAGCUGCCGCAGGGCCCGCCGCCGCAGGGGCCGCAGCCGCAGGGGCCGCAGCCGCCGCAGGGCCCGCCGCCGCAGGGGCCGCAGCCGCCGCAGGGCCCGCCGCCGCAGGGGCCGCAGCCGCCCCAGGGCCCGCCGCCGCAGGGGCCGCAGCCGCCCCAGGGCCCGCCGCCGCAGGGGCCGCAGCCGCCACAGGGGCCGCCGCCGCAGGGGCCGCAGCCGCCACAGGGGCCGCCGCCUCACGGGCCGCAGCCGCCACAGGGGCCGCCGCCUCAGCAGAUAGGUGGGAUGCCGCCGCAACACAUGUCUGGGCCGCCGGGGCCGCAGGGCAUGAUGAUGAUGGUGCAGGGGCCGGGCGGCGGCCCGAUGCAGCUGUUGCCAAUGCAGCAGCACAUGGCCAUGCACAUGCAGGGCCCGCCGCCCAUGCACAUGCAGCAGCAAAUUCCCCAAGGGGGGAUGAUGGGCAUGCCGCCACCGGCACAGCAGCCGGGCUUCGGCGGCAUGCCGCCACACCAGCAGCAGCAUCAACAGCAACAGCAGCAGCAGCAUCAACAACAGCAGCAGCAGCAACCCACCAUGUACGGCGCCGGGCCCCAGCCGCCACCAUACAUGCAGCCCAUGCAGCAGGGGAUGCAGCUCGGAAUGCAGGGUCCGCCCCCCAUGAUGCAGCUGCAGCAACCGCCAGGCAUGAUGCCUGGCGGACCUGGCAUGCCCCCCAUGCAACAGCAACAGCAGCAGCAGCAGCCACACACCCUGGCCGGCUCUAAACGGCCGGCGUCACCUGUCGACGCGGGUGCCGGCCCCAGCGCAGCGGCGGGCUCCGGCUUCAACGAGCCGCCAGCCAAGGCCGCGCGCCGGGAUGACCGCAGCCGGGGCCAGGCCGCGGAUAGCGCCUCCGGUGUGCCGCCCUGGCGCAUCCAGGCGAAUCCAGUGCCGGCCAAGCCGCCGCCUGGACCGCCUGCGGCGCCAGCUGCAUCCGGUGAGGGUGAUGCUGCGGCUGCGGCAGCUGCUGCUGCGGCUGGCGCGGCGGCGGCGAAGCAACAGCAGCAGCUCUUGCUGGAGAACCCCGUCACUAAGCUGAACGAGCUGGCGCAGCGCAACCGGGUCAAGAUGGAGAUCGCGCCGCCGCCGGGCUCCAAGGACGGCGGCCGCACGCCGCACGGCUGGGCCAUGGCGGUGAUCUAUGAUGGCAAGGAAAUUGGUCGCGGCGCGGACAAGACCAAGAAGGACGCCAAGCGACUCGCGGCCAUCGAGGCGCUGCGCCACCUCGGCAUCUACUCCGCCGCUGCAGCCGCCACCGCAGCCGGCAAGCAGCAGGCAGUUACCGACACAGCCGCUGCGCCGGUCUCCAUCGGGCCCGCGCCGCGGCCGGAGCCUGCCCCCGGCGCCGCAGCCCCCGCCGAUCCGCUGCUGAGUAUGAGUGUGGCAGCGGCCGCUGCGGCCACGGUGGCGGCCGGCCCCAACGGCCCCAACCUGCCGUGUGAGGUGAACCUUCACCGCGUCAACUUGCUGUACGGCGCCGCCAACGUGCUCUACGUAUUCCGGCGCGAGGAGGGCCAACAUCCCAACAAGCUGGUGGAGAUGGAGAUGACGCGGACGGCUGGCGGCGAGGGCACCGCACCCACGCACCGGUGCCUGGGCUACGGCAAGAACAAGUACCACGCUCGCCUGGACGCCGCCGCACGCUUCCUCAACCUCAUGGGCGAGCAGCCCGUGCCGGAGCAGGCCGCCAGCGCUGCCGCGCUGCAGAAGGAACGCGGCAGCGGCGGUGGAGGCGACCGACAGCACCACCGCUCCAACCACGAAGACGGUAGCGACAGCGACGGCGGAGGCGGAGGCCGCCGCCGCGACCGCGACCGCCACGGGCAUGGGCACGGGCACGGGAAGCACGGGCGCGGCAAGCGCGGGCGGCACGGCUCACGCAGCCCGCUGCGCGACGGCGACUCGGACGGCGGCGGCGGCUCGGAUGACGAUGACGACGACUACGACGUGCUGGCUGGCAGCGCCUUCCUCAUGGCCACACACGGCGCGCGGCCCGCCGCCACCAGCGCCAAGCGCAUCGCGGCCAUGGCCGAGGACCAGGGCGCCAGCCGCGCGCACGUGGUGGCGGACUUCAUGGCGCAGAUCGCGGAGGAGCUGGACCCGGAGGGGAAGGCGGGGGCCGGCGGCGCGGGGGCAGGCGGCGCCGGCGGCGCCAAGCGGCCGAUGACGGUGGCGGAGCUGAAGGCGCUCAAGGCGGGCAAGCCCCUGGGUGGCGGUGCUGCUGCUGGUGGUGGUGGUGCUGCUGGUGGUGGUGGUGCUGCUGCUGGCGCUGCGGCUGCUGGUGGUAAAGGUGGGGGUGCGGGCGGCAAAGGCGGCGUAAAGCCAGCCGCGGGUGCGGGCAAGGCCAAGGCCAAGGCGGCGGCUGUCAAGGCGGAGUCGGAUGACGAGGAGGAGGGCGAGCUGCCCAGCGACCAGGAGGCGUUGUGAGGGGGCGGUGAUGGUGUGGAAGAGUGCAUCUGGUUAGGUAAGUGCGGACAUUUCGAUGUUACUGGUGUGGGGCGAAUUGCCUGCGCUCAAUGGAUGUUGCACAUAGCGGUAAAGGUAGGAGACCACAGGAAGUUGAGAGACCAGACAAGCAUCAUAGUAGAGGAGCGCAGAUGAGGGUCUUCGGACCGGUGCGAACUGCUAUUGGGGGCCAUUCAGUAAUACGGUAGUAAGAGACAGUAGUGAGGAUUCAGAACAGAGUGAUUGGACAGAUGCAGAAACAUCAGUGGUUAGCUGGAGCGGACCGGCUAGUCCCACAAUCGGUGUUGCGCAAGUGGCCAGACUGCAUGUCCGGCGCGGUGGAGUGUGGAGGGUUCGCGGAGGCGGGCCUCCUGUGGCGGGGCUUCACAGUUACGGACGGCCCCUGUUCCCCUCGGGGAAUCGGGGGCACUGUUGUAAAUAUCUGUAUCG